AUGACCUUUCUGCGCUACUCCUACGGUCAGCUCAUCUUCUAUGACAACAAUGGGUUUCAUAUUGUUAAUCCAUUCAGUGGCGCUAAGCUUGGCCCUCCUUCCCUACAGUCAAUUCAGUUCACUUGCAUCAGCUAUGUCACCUUAACUGCCCCUGUUGCAUCUGCUGACUCGCAUCUCCUUGUCGGUGCUGGAGCCUAUCUGUUCCUGUGGCGCAUCGGGAGCGAUUCUUGGACAAAACACAGUCCUAAAGUUGGUCAUUUUUCGAUUGAACAAAAUGUGGCCUUCAAGGGCAAGACAUAUGCCAUAGGGUCUUUCGGGUGGUUCUACAUCAUUCACUUGUCACCCAGUCUCAUUGUUGAGAAGUUUAAAGUUGUGUUCGAGGAAGAUAAAACCGAAGAUCUCUAUUCGGCAAAUGAAAAAGCAUGGCUAGUGGUGUGUGGUGACGCGCUUCUCUUGAUCAAACUUGUGGAGGCGGGAAGAUGGAUGCGCUCGGAGGCCUUCCAGUCCAGGGCCUUCAAGCUUGAGUCAUUGGACACCAUGACCAAGAAGGCAAGGUGGGUGAAGCUCUUCAACACUGAAAGACGGUACCUGAAAUUGGAGUCAACCUGGGUCUUCCCCGCGUGUUUCCUUGUUACGUCCUGCGAUGAUCUUACGGCCGUGAGUGCGGUUGAUGAUUAG